AUUUGGCGCGAAGAAUUUUAUUGGUUUACAAUUGGCAAAAAGAUGGUGGAAAAGCAGAGUGGAAAGUAAGAAAGGAAGUAGAUGUAAAACGGAAGUGAGAUGUUUUGAUUAAAGUGGUGGCGUUACAUAGCAGACGACGUAGCACGUGUUUUGAAAAUGAAUUUUUUCUACCAAAGUCUGAAUGAGUCUGAAGGGAAAGGUGAAUAAUUAUUAUUUGGAAAUCUUUCUUCUUUUGAAAAUAAAUUGGUGGAAAAAGUGAAUGAAAAACGUUCAUCGAAAGGGAAUAAAAUUGAACUCAGUUCAAAAAUCGGAUUCAAUUUCUUUCGCAGGAAAACUGCGAGUCGAUGAAGCAGCUGGACAUGUUAAAAAUGGAAUGUUCUCCAAAGCAAUGACUUUGUAUAAUCAGGCUCUGGAACUCAGUCCAAAUGAUAAGAAUGCCUUGAUUGCACGAAGCAAGUGUUUUCUUUUACUUGGAGAACCGGAGAAGGCUUUACAGGACGCUGAGGCUGCUAUUCGGGGAAAAUUAAAGGAUCCUAAAAAUGCAAGAGCAAUUUACUACAAGGCAGAGGCUCUCUAUCAUCUUGGAGAUUUUGAACUCAGUCUUGUAUUUUAUUAUCGUGGAAUGAGAAUUCGACCCGAAUUUGAUCAAUUUCGUCUUGGCGUGCAGAAAGCAAAAGAAGCCAUUCAAAAUAUUCUUGGCAAUACAGUUUUACCGAUUCCUGAACAAAGUCAAUUAGAAGCAGAAGAUUCUGAGAAAGAUUCGAGACCAAAGACUUGUAUUUCAUCGUCAAAAAACUCCUUCACGGAAAGCAAUUCAUCUAGACAAGAAUCGAGACAAUCUAGACAAGAAUUAUCAGAAAAGGAAUCAGCUUCGAAAAAUCAAUCAAAACGAAUACGUUCGCAGACAUCGAAAUUGAGAAAUUCUGAACCGAAUCUACUUGGACAACUUAAUGUCGAUAAAAAAUAUUUGCAGAAUCUUCUGAAAUGUCCAGAUAUUAAAGCAGCAAAUCAAGAUUCUGCGAAACAUAUUACAGUUCACGCUGAAGAGGGAAUUUCUUUUUUGAAAUCCAGACAGGAAUUUUGGCGACAACAACGAGCCAGUCGCAUUUCUCUUCAAAAGAAAUUGAAUAAUCAUAAACAGUGA